AUGGCGCCGAAAGCGAAGAAGGAGGCUGUCCCAGCUAAGACGGAGGCAAAAUCCAAAGCGCUUAAAGCUAAGAAGGCAGUGCUGAAAGGCGUCCACAGUCACAAGAAGAAGAAAAUCCGGACGUCCCCCACCUUCCGGAGGCCGAAGACCUUGCGGUUACGGCGGCAGCCCAAGUACCCCCGCAAAAGUGCACCCAGGAGGAACAAGUUAGACCACUAUGCCAUCAUUAAGUUCCCUCUGACCACGGAGUCAGCCAUGAAGAAGAUUGAGGAUAACAAUACCCUCGUGUUCAUUGUGGACGUGAAAGCCAACAAGCACCAGAUCAAGCAGGCGGUCAAGAAGCUGUAUGAUAUCGACGUGGCCAAGGUCAACACCUUGAUCAGGCCUGACGGGGAAAAAAAGGCUUACGUCCGCCUUGCUCCAGACUACGAUGCACUCGAUGUGGCCAACAAGAUUGGAAUCAUCUAA